AUGAAGUUCUCCAACAUCGUUGCUGCUACUGCAGCUCUCAGCGCAUCAGUUGGUUUGGCAUCACCUCUGCUUGAUGAAAAGCGCGAUCUAGUUUGCCUAGCUCAAACUGUCAUCAUCAAUCUCAUUACCUUGAAUCACGGUCAAGCAUUCUGCUCGGCCUAUCUUGGGAUCCAAACUUCAACUGUCCUCACUACAACCACCAAAAAGACUACAACUACUCAGACGUUACCUCCAGCUACUGUGACUAAGACUGUGGUGACGGGUACCGAGACUCGAACUUUGACUUCUCUCAUCACUACUUUGGCCACUGCAACUUCUACAGUUGAUACUACGCAAACACUUACGGCGACUAAUACGAUCACCAUAACGUCGACUACAACGGGAGUCACCGUAAAGAGAUCACCGGAGCCACUGAUCGACAAUGCGCAAAUUGACGCUCGAAACCCGCCACCAAUUCCACCAUAUUUGAGUAUAUUCGCAGCUUCUAAGAUAUCAUCCGCUUGCAGUUGUCUGUCAUUGCCAACUCCCAGUACUACCGUAACAUCCACCGUACAGCAAACUAGCACCGCGACUUCCACGCCUUCUGCGGUCACUUCUCAAGUUCAAACAGUCACCUUUGUCACAGUCACUACAACAGCGGUUAAUACCAUCACCCAAAUUGAAACGCUGACCAACACGAUCUCUACCACUACAACUGCGACUACAACUACUACUGUGAUUGUCACAGAAACCCCAUCACCUCCAAGUUACUGCGAUCAAAUGCCAAUCCCUGGUCCAUACGCCUUCAUUGAUGGUGGACGAGUCCUCGACGCGGUCUUUAUCCAAGAUUCAACAAAAGCGGAUUGUUGUAGGGCCUGCUGGGAAUCAGUUGACUGCGUGGCUUUCUCUUUCCAAGGUCCCGACCCAGAAGUAGAGUCAUUCUGUUAUUAUUUGGUUAGCGAUGGACCUGCUGUAUCAGGCAUUGCGAAUCCACCACCUACUUGCCCCUCCGGCGUUGAAACCCAGGAACAACUUGAUUUGGAAGACACAGGUGGAUUCUUCAGUAUUGCCUCUGUUGGACCUUGCGAUCUUGCAGGUGCACAUUAUGUCACUGGUGGCUAG